AUGUCAUUACCAUUAGCUCCAACAGUUUUAAAGCAAGCAUCAGCAGAAGUAUUCCCACAAAAAAUGCUAAAAGCAUCAGAAACAAUCACAGCAGCAACAACAACAAAAGCAGCAACAGCAGCUACAUCAACAGCAGAGCCACCUCUGGUACCAGCAGCAGCAACAGAAUCAAUGAUAGCUGGACCAACUCCACCAAAAGUAGUAAAAACAUCAAGAACAGUUACACUAACAACAACAACUGCAGUAACAGCUCCAUCAACUACAGAGCCAGCCCUAAUACCAGCAGGAAAAUCAACAGCAAAAGCAACAGAACCAUCUUUAGCAACAGCAGAACCAUCCACAAUAGCAGCAGAACCAACUCCAACAUUAGCAGAACCAUACUUGCCAAAGAAGCCUAUCAAGAGAGGCUACAAGGUGUGGGUACUAGCAGACAAAUCUGGCUGUGCAAGGAAAUUGGAUAUUUACACAGGAAAGAAAGAUAAUGCUGUGGAAAAGAAAUUGGGAGAAAGAGUUGUGAAAGACCUCACUGAAAAUAUUAAAGAUAAGUAUAACAGAGUUUACUUUGAUAAUUAUUUCAGUAGCCCAGAUCUCCUUCAAGAUUUGAAAGAAAAAAUACAUGCUUAUGCUCCAUCAUGA